AUGUUGUCUAUAACAAGAAAAAAGUCCACUACAACCACAACACGUAUGGCAGACCAAGUACUCUCAAGUACUUUAUUUCCUGGUAUAACAGAUCAGACAUCGAUAGAUGAGACUGAUCAAGCUAAAAAGAAGGACCCUUUGGCAAGUCAAGUAUGGAGAAUGUACAGUCAAGCUAAAGACAAUUUACCCAAUGGAUCCAGACUGGAAAACCUGACUUGGCGAAUGAUGGCCAUGACAUUAAAAAAAGAUGUGGAUAAUGUUACCUUAGCAACCUCGGAACCCAUGGAUUCGGAUCCUGAAUUAUUAGAGAAUACAACUACAUCUAAAUCAUCACCAAUGACAAUCAAUAGAACUACUACUACAACAAAUUGUAUCAAUAUCCCUACAAACUUUAAUGAAAAUGACGCUAGUCAUGAUGAACACUCUUCCUUCUUGUAUGGCAAUACACCAGCCUAUGCUUCUCCAACUUCUUCGUCUACCUUUUUCUUUGGUAAUGACCCUCCUUCUAUGGGCACCAUCAGCUUUGAAGAUAUGUUUGGUGCUUAUUACGAUCCUACUUUUGCUGGUCAACACGGGGAAGUGCCUGCACCUCCCACAUCGAAUACUAGCCAUUACUCACCGUCUCCAUCCACUUCAUCCGUCGAAGAUGAAUACUUUUCCUCUUCCACAACACCUACACCCACUACAUCCACAUCUAGUCGUGUGCCUCAGAACGGUAUUACGCAAUGUGCAAACUGCUCUACAAAGACAACUCCUCUGUGGCGAAGAGAUCCUACUGGUAAUGCAUUAUGUAAUGCAUGUGGGUUAUUCUUAAAGCUUCAUGGUGUUGUCAGACCACUUUCAUUAAAGACGGACGUGAUCAAGAAAAGAAAUAGAAGUAACGCGCAGUUAAAGAAAGACCAAGCGUCUUUAUCUAGUUCUUUACCCAGCAGCAGUACGAACAUACCAGUGAGAACAGCUCAAACUAUCAACAAGAGGCAACGUCGUAGUAUCCAACAAGAACCCAGUCUAUCUAGCUCAUUACCGGUUGAUCCUAGUUUGAACUAUUUUGGAACGUCUUUACCCAAUACUACUACUACUACGAUGCCAAGUGCUAGCUCUUUAUUCCCAUCCUCGCCACCGCCAGGACUUGUACAUUCCUCCUCUAAUUCUUCGCUCGCUAGCUUAAACCAGUUCACCCCCCACAAUGGUGGUGAUGUAUAUUCAAUGUUGGAAAAUAUCGGUGUUCAAUUAAACAAUUUACCACCUGAAUUGUUACCCUUGAUUGCUUCUGCUGCCAAUUAUCAAGCCAUGGCGACAGCCAAGCCUUCACCUGAUUAUAAUCCAUUCAACCCUCAAAACAACUACUUUUAA